AUGUUUCAGCGGCUGUCUAGGGAAAAUAUUGAUCUGGUACGGUUUCAAGACCAAGGUCACUAUGUAAGGUCCGUGGUCACUAUGGAGGAGAGCAAUGGUACCGACAAGUCACGGUAGGUUCACCGAGAAUCGCGGACCAGGCCAACCAGGCUACAUGUGGUCAAACAUCAGAAAUGUGUUAAACGAAGUUGCCGGACUCUGUGGAAUCUAUGAGUUUCAGGUUAGAGGAACUCUUCCCGGCCAGUUGCAGGGUGCAAUAGUUUACGUUGGAAGCACGUGCCCGCGUGGCGCAGAUGGAGGACUAUGCCGCAAAUUGAACAGCAGGAUCUUCAACUACUGCAGACAAGGAAACCAUAAAGCAUUUCAAAUAAAUGAUGCAUUGAGAAGAGGAUAUGAGCUGUGGGUCCGUUAUAAGCAAGCUAGGAGUGCGGAGGAAGCUCAAGCCUGGGAAAAUGCGCUGCUCGCCGCGUAUGAUUACGCUUGGAAUGUUAGAAAUAACGGUUACAAAAAGGCAUUGAAGGGACGACAAGUUGACGUGGGUUAA